AAGCAAGAAGAUUCGUCAGGGAUUCUGACCAUCAUGCGUUUUGGGUUGAAAACAUGGCGGACGGACCGAUUGAAGAAUCGUUUGACCGUAAAACUAUGCCUUUUUUUCGGGAAAAAAUUAGUAUACUUUCGCGGAAUCAUCAAAAUACUUCACUAUUGAUGUUUUUUUCGAAAAUUGUAGCCUGUUUAUAGAUUAGAUUGAAAUGUCCCAGGUCAAUUACAAAGGACUACUUCAAAUUCACUGCCAAAAAUCGAAGGCAGUUCUACCUCACUACAGCUGCACGGAAAGAAUGCAGGGAUUUAGCCCUGUUUUCUCAGCGAAUGUGGUUGUUUUCGGAAGAAAUUUCACCAGUGGAGGCGAAUUUAGCAACAAGAAACAGGCAGAACAAAAUGCGGCCAAAAUAGCGCUGCGUGAAUUAGGAUUGUUGGAACCAAAUCUAGACACAAAUGAACCAAAAUCGCAACAAUCUGAGAUCAAACAGCCUUUGUUCGUUGUCGAUGGCGCUGAAGUUGGUCAGAAUAAAUCGUGUGCAAACAUAAAUCCUCUGUCAACACCAGCAAUGGAUGAAUCCCUGGAAGAUAAACAGCAGACGCCAUCAGCUGAAGAAGAUUUGCGCUCACCUGUCGCUCAGAGUUCGGCUACAUCUGUAGGGAAAGUUUCUUUAUCAUUUAAAAAUAUCAUUCAGGAGAAAGCACAGAAAAUGGGAUUGCCUCUUCCUCAAUAUGAGACUACAGUAGAGGGGUCUGGUUUUGUUUGCACCAUGACCUUUAACGGGCAACAGUUUAAGAGUGAAGGAGUUUCAUCCAACAAGAAACAAGCUCAGCAAAGUGCAGCAUCAGUAGCUGUUAAGCUUUUGAAUUUAGAGCAAGGACCUGAGAAAAAAUCCCUGAUACAAAAAACUGUUGCACAAGACAGUCAGAGUCCUGUGGUCUCUCCAGAAAAAUUUGAUGCCAAAUUGUCUUACAAGAAUCUCUUUCAGGAGAACUGUCAACAGAGGGGGAACAAACCACCCAUUUAUGAAACAUCAUGGAAUGGUAAUGUAUUCUACUGCAUAUAUGCUUAUUGUAAAGAUUAAUUGUCAUCAACAGAAAUGCCCAAGCCUGAAAGCAGAGCAACAGAUGUUUUGUUGUACUAUACUUGUCGGUCAUUGUGCAAAGCAUGCACUAGGAUAGGUGAUAUUAAAAAAGUCUCUACAUAAUGAAGUUUUCUUUUUUUUCCUUCUCUUCUUACCUUAUCCUUGUUUAAAGACAAAAGCUCUUGAGGGCAUUUGGUUACUUUUUUUUUCUCUUUCAUUUUCUUUGUGUGUCUGGCUGUGGUUGUUAUUUUAACAGUGCUGUCAUACAAUGUAUGUACUUCUAAUUUUCUAUUCCAUGAUGGUGCUUGGACAAAUAUACAUGCAUGUUUGCAUGUUUGCGCACGUAUGAUCAUGACUUAACAACUAAUAUCUCAGUUUGAUUGGCUUCCAUAUUCUCUUACUUAAUGAAUUGUAUACCAAUGUGUUAGCACACAGUACAUGCACUACAUAUAUCAUGGUGUUAAAAAAAAUACCUAGUGGGUGCAUUUAUAAAGUUAUUUUUAAAUAUUACUUGACAUCAGGACAGGAUUGUUUCAGGUAGAGUUUAUGUUUUGCUAUGCGAUCUUUAUGCUCUCUGUUUUUAUACAUUAACAGUUGGUUUGAGAAACUACAGUAAGAUUUCUGAACAGCCCCACACUUCAUUACGCAUACAGUUCUUGGAUAAAGAAAACAAUGGCAAAAAUAAUAGAUUGCCUUUGGGACUAUGACUUUGUUUUACAAUAGUAUGGGGCUGUUUAGAAAUUUUACUAAUAUUACAAAAAUAUUUCUUUCAAGGGACUGGAUUUAUCAGCCGUGUUCAGUUUGGUGACAAGACUGUGUCAUCAAAGGUGCCAUGCUCCAAUAAAAAACAAGCUCAGCAACUGGCUGCCAGGGAAGCCUUGUUAGCUAUAGGAGUAUCCAAUCCAGAAGAUGCAUUUAACAACAAAGAAUCAAGAAAAUUGAAAUCCAAAAGAACUAUGCCACAGAUGAGUGGAUUUAAAAGAACCUGGGUACACUCUCGUGGUGAUCGAGGACAGUUGAAUCCAUGGUAUACUUUGAACUUCUUAUACUUAGUAAUGAUUGGAUGAGUGAUAUCAUGAUAGCAAGAUGUAAUGAAUGAUCAAAACCAAGGUCUGAGUUAUCUGCCAAAGCUUAAGGCUGAAGUGGAUAAUUUAGGCACGAGGGUUAAUUCAUGGUAUCGUGCAAAAACAAAACUGAAUGAUUGUUUUAUUAUAAAUUUUUUAAACAAUCUGCAAAAGAGGACACUUCUCUCUGAGUUUCAAAAGUUUGACAAUACUAUACAAGCAAGGGGCUUGGAAACUAUGCAGACUGAACUCACCAUGACAAAUGUCAGUAAUAUCAUUUGCAGAUGGUAUGUCACACUGUGUGUACUGCAUUUAUCAUGCCAACUUUGCAUGCUACUUUAUGUUCAUUGAAUACUCUUGACCAAUCAGAUUUUCAUAGUAAGUCUAAUGUUUAGUAAAUUAAUAUUUAGUUUUUAAUUUUCUUUAUAUAUUGUAAAUAAUGUUUGUUGAUGAUUGACCCGCCUCGAAUAGCAAAUUUGCUAUCUGCGGGUCAACAUAAUCUAAAUUAUUUUAUAAGAAAAAGAAAAAUAAAGUAUGAAAGUGUGAAUGUAUAAUUAUUAAAAUGCUCAUUGUCAAUAAUAUCACCAUUGAACAUUAACCUUCGUAACUUAUGUUUUCAGUAAAUAAUCUUAUUCAUUAUUAUUUAAAAUCAUGAUAAUAUUUUCACUUUUGUGUUUUUGUGUUAUCAGGGAAGAAGUUGACCAAUCCUGGAAUCAGGCAAUUAUGAACAAAAGACAAAAGCUGGGCACAGAUGAGUACCCUCUUAGCAAAGGACAGUUUGAAGGAAGUACAUUUGCCCUUCCAUUAGAACACCGGCAAGAUUUGACAGUCGCUGAAAUCUGGAAGGAGAAAAAAAACAUUGCUGUUGUUGGAGAUACACAGUCAUCAUUUAUUUUGUACUGCACAAGAGUUCCUGGGACUUGUAACAUUUUCAACACUCGGACCAUGUCCCUAGUUUUGCUUGAGCCAGGUGAACUAACAAAAAACACUUUUAUUUAACUUAAUGAAAAAAUAUGAAAUUUUAAGUUGGUAUACCAUUGGUUUGGUAAACUUAAAUAAUCAUGGCAAAUCUGAUCUAUAUGCCACAUUCAGUGCUCCAAGCUGCAACAGGUUUCAUGCCAUAGUGUCUUUUUGGCAAUCAAAUUUGCAGCUUAAGUUGCAAAUUUGGUAAGUUGUGUAUCCACUAAGUUGCUGCUAUGUUUAUAUUGAGUAAGUAUAUGUUUUUAGUUAUUUAAUCCUUUGAACCCAGCAAGGGACCAGCUUCUAAUAUCUUCUUACAGUAAUACCAAUGAACCAUUUGUUAUGAUCAGAAAAAUUGAGAAAAUGAUGGCCAUUCUAAGAAACUUUGAUCAUUAGGUAAAUUCUCCUUUUCAGUCCUAAAGGAAAUGUAUAGAGAAGAGUUUGUAGAAUGUGGAUACUGAAUGUUGUGGUGUAAUGAGUUUAUAGAUCUUGAUUAUGUUUUUAGUUUGUUUGUAUCUUGUAAUGUAUUAGGUUAUCGUAUAGUUGGUCUUGAUGCCCGUUACACUGAUCAUAAGGGCAAGGUUGCUCUUAAGGCCGAGAGAUGCGCAGAUAUUAUCAUUCCUGACUCACCAGAUCCCGUUUUGACAAGCUGUGGAGUUGUACUGCUUUAUCAAGAUCCAGAAUCAAGGUUACAGUCAUUUGAGGUUUCUUUUCUAAUAAGUGAAAAUCUGCGAGUAGCACCUGCACCUUAUGGGUUAAUUCUGAUUUUGAAAACUUCCAUCCUUAACUAAACUGGUUUUUGAUAUACAUGUAGUUUACUUCAAGUGCUCCUAAAGCGGUAUCUUUCCAGCCAAGCAUUUGUCAAUGUGGCUGCAGCAUUAGCACAGUACUUUCGUCGCAAGGUUUCUGGUCGUCCUGUAUCACUGGAUAUUCCAAGCCUGACAGAACACAUUUGUGAAUGGAUGUUGGAAGAAGUUCAAAAUAUUGCAGGAAUGCAUGAAGAAGCUCUUCAUCAGCUGUUUUCUCACAUGUGGAAGUUCAACAAGAGAUGGUGUUCUGUGUUAAGUACCCCUCUCCCUCAUGAUCUUGAAUCACUGAAGGUACAAAGUACUACAGAAUAAUGUAGACAGGAUAUUGUAAAUGCUCUAAGAAACCUCCUGGGGCCCUCCAAAGUUGACUAGUGGGGCUCUUAAAUUAUGGAGGGGGGUUAUACAAGAGGGAGCUGAUUGGAUGGCUAGGCUCUUUAGAAAAGGGUACUCAUCAUAGGGCUCAUUAUAAAGGAGGGCCAGCACAUUGGAAAGUAGGACCCACUAAGCAGGGAGCUUAUUGGAGAGUAGAGCUUAUUGAAGGGCAGGGUGUACCAGAGAGGGGACGAUAGUAGGGCUUGGAGAUGGGGGCUUAUCAGAGAGAGGGCUUUUCCAAGGGUCUGUUGUAUUUCUUCUCUUCUCUUCAUUACUUACAAAUGUGUGUGGCUACUUUGGAAUUAAUGAUAAAUUGUGAAACAGUUUUGGCAGUUUCCAGAUUGUAGACAGCUGCAAGUGUUGUACUUUAAUUUACACAUAGGUUGGUUUUCUUAUCUGCCUUCAAAUUAGCUGGCAAAUAUCUGAAGGUAAAUAAAAAAAAUAAUAAUGGUCACUGAUAAAUCUACCUACUUAAGUACAUGCACCUUCCUGAUGAAAGACAAGAAGUGUAAAAAUAAAUCUUUAAAAAUAAAUAUGAUUGUUACUGAUGAAGGUUUUUUCACUAAGGCUAAGGCUUUAGAUGAACUUGCGCGUAGACAAGCAAGUGAUGUUCAGCAAUCAGAGGAUUAUUACCAUCCUUGGAGUCUUCCCAAAGGAAACUUCAAACAUCGCAUGCUUUCAACAGGUUGGCAUCAACUUUUUGGAAUCUUACAUUAUUUUAAAGAAUGGACUUCCUGUAGGGAUGGGGGUUAUUCCAUUUGAAAAAAAAUUGUGCUUAAUAGGAGUUUCUAGAAUAACAUUCCUUUAAACCACGUCAUCUUUGGGUAGGUAAAAACAACAGCAGUAAAAACAGACACCAAAAAAGACUAUUACUUUAAAUUUGUCCUUUCCUUUGUCAGGAAAUUGAUAAUGGAUGUCUUCCCUGUUUUGUAGUUAAUGAUCAGUUGUUUUUCUUUUCAAAGGUCUUUUUCUUGAACCUGCUGUCGACUGUGCUGUGAGAGAAUUGAAAGAAGAAACAGGAAUCAAACUGGACCCUGAUCAAGUGAAAAACUGCCCCUGGAUUGAUUUACCACAUGAUGAUAAUUUGAAUCCCCAUAAAGGUAAGGAAGUAAGACAUAAUUGGCCUCAAUAGUUCUCAGUGCAGUGAAUUCUGAAUUGAAGAGUCUGGGUUCCAGAUCAGACCUAGCUAGGUCAUUGUGGGUACCAUCAAAAUCUCAUAACCUCACUCUUCCCUGGCAUUCCAUCAAAGGGGUGGUUGUAGCAGAUCUUCUUUGCUGCUUCAUGCACCAGGGUAAACCUAGGCAGCAUGAACCUUCUGGCCUCUAAAGUGAUGAAAAAUGCCAAUUAAAAAAUUACUGAGGCUUUGACAAGCAAGGUGGCUUAUCAGUGUUAGCAUUCUGUCUACAGAUUUGAAGCAUAAAGUUGUGUUAGCUAUACCCAUGAGGUUUGUUCCUAUUUCCUUGGCAUUAGAAGCAAACUUUUGCUAGUGGUAACCAGUACUAAUCAAUUUACAUGACAUGAUUUAGAAGGUACUUGUUGACAAUCUUUGCACAUAGUUUACAUUAAUCACUAACCUGUUGCAGCUUCUUUAUAUUAGGUGUCAUAUUAAUUUUUUUUUAACAGGUGAUAUUGUGAGGUAUUUCCUGUGUGUGUACCAUUCAGAUGACAAUGAAGAGUUAAAUUUGUCUCAGGAUAUGAGUGCAGUAAAUACUUCCAUUGAGUGGGAAGCAAAGCAAAGUAUUGAUGAAGGUUGGUACAUGGUAACAUGAACCUCUGGUUCUUUCCUUGUGCUCCUGUUUCAGUUUGUUAAAUGUGGCCACUGCAGCUGUCAAAUUAUUUAGAAAGGCUUUGUUUAUGGCAAUAUUACUUAUUAUAAUUAUGCAUUGCACUUGCUUCUAAAUUUGUUUGUUAAUUGUUGAAUUAAUUAUACCAGCUCAUUUUCAAGCCACUCAGGCCAAUUUGUGAAAUGGAGAUGUACAUUAAUUGGUGAAAAGAUAAUUUAUUUAUCACUUUCAGUAGAAGGUUUUCCCUCUCUUGAGGCAUCAAAUGAGCAAGAGGCUGUUGAAAAUGAAUGUAGUGACUUGAUGAGUGGCAUGGACCUGCAACGAUGCCAAGAGGAGAUCCAACAGGACAUCCACAUCUUGACAAAUGGACAAGUGGUCCCUGAUAUGGUGGAGGUGGCCCAAGAUCAAGCCCAAAGUCAAAAGGAAGAUGCACAGAGAAGAGGAAUUAAGCGUAAGAGGAAUGAUGAUGAUGAUGAUGGUAAGAACAGAAGGAUCUUCAGAUCACAUUUAUUAAUUUUCUUUACUGUAUGUUGUGCCACACAAUUAAUCUUAUGAUGCUAGUUUGGAGGAUUUUGUAUUGGUCAGUAUAGAUGACUUUUCUUUAACAAAGGGGUUUUAAUGGGUCACAGAAAUACAGUGACUAACUUACUGUGUACCUGAUUUUUAAAGUGAAUUUCCAGUUUAAUUCUUUUAUGAUCAGAAUAUGGAUGCAAGAAUUUUAGAAUUGAGAACUUCCAUGUCUAUGUGAUUUAGCUAUAUCAACUUUCAUUGUUUUAAUUUAUAGUAAUAACAGAGGACUGUCAGUUGAGAGGAAUAUCUUCAAUGCCUCAGGACUGCAACAUUUCACUUAACUCAUUGUCUUCACCUGUGCCUGAGGUGAAACAAGAAGUAAUUACAGCUAAAUCACCUCAUGUCCAGAGCAGUGUGCAUGAAGAGUGUGCUUGGUUUUCUGUCGAAGAGGCAAGAACAAAAUCACCUGUAUUUGAACAGGUUUAUCAAAGGGAAGAAUUCCAACAACUUUUAGCUUCAAUUUUGGCCUCAGAAGAGAGAUAGUACAAAAUAACUUUCACCCAAAGUGUAAAAUUAUAUUACCUGUACUUAUUGAAAAUUAGCAGCCUUGUUACAAAUUGAUCCUCUGUUUUAUCAAAUCCAAUGAAUUUUUAUUUUAGCAAAUACUUUUUCUGUCUGUUAUCCACUACCUGAGUAAGAGAUAUAGUUUUAAGUCAUUAAGGUCUGUUUUUUGUUUUUAAUUCUAAGCCACAGCUAGUAGUACAGAUUGUUUGGUUGACUUCUGUAACCCUUUAACUCCAAGAUCAGAUUGUUACCUCUCCCCUUUUGCUGCGACACAUUUCCUUGUAAACAAGUUACAAGAAUUUUUUGUUAGAUCAAGAUGACAACAUAUACCUGAUAAGUUUGAGUAUUCUUAUUACCUGUUUGCUGGAUAAUGUAUGGAUAUUGUUGGGAGACAUUACCUUUUGAUCACUUAAGGGAGUUAAAGGGUUAAACCAGAGAGCAUGGGAGUUCCCCAUCCCAAAAUGAAUUACUUUGAAUAAAAAUUUUUGGUAAAAUUAUAAGUCAUGUUUCAUGAGGGAGACAAAAAGGUGACUCAUGAAAAGUGAAAUCCACUGUUGUCAUUCAUUGUAGAAUUUGAGAUAUAAUUGAAGAAAAUUGGAUGGGAACUUAAAUUAAGACUUUUAGCAACUAUUGUAAAUUUUGUAUUUGAAUUGUAUUUGAGAAUUUCUCGUGGUCCAAGUGUGACUUCUGACCAUUUUCUAAGAAACUGUCUUAAUUAAACAAAGCAUUUUGUUAUUAAUGAGUGUUGAUAAUUUUGAGAUGAAGUAUUUCUUUGGAUGUCUAUCAAAAAGAAGUCAUUCCACUUUUGCUUUCCAUUAAGAAACUGUUACUACUAACUUGUUUUAAAAUUGUUUUAAAAUCAUUCACCUGAAUCACCAAAUUUUUUAGCAAUUUCAUACCUAUCAGUGAAGAAUGACAACAAUAAUGUACAUCAAGAAUAUCUUUUAUUUACCCCAAGCUACUACACAGCUAAAACUAUGUCUGUUCAGAAUGAAAGAUCUUGUUUGAAUUUUAUAUGAAUGUAGCAAUAAAAGAAAAAUUUUGUGACAGAACAAAGAUUAUACACCAUUACCAACCCUCCUGUACUUCAAUUGAUGAAAGAAGUUAAACAAACAGAAUGCUGUCUCAAAAGGAAAUCCAAACUACAUUGUAUGUUCUGCAUUAAAUUUUACUUUCAUUUUAAUGUUUUUCUCAGGACAACAUUAAAAUCCAGCACACAUGUAUUUAGUAUUGAUUUGAAAUGAACUCUUGUUGCUAUUAUGCAAGAUCACUCAUCUUAAAUUUGUAAUUACAAUGGCAACUUAAAGCAAAUGAGGAAAUUCCAUAUAGUACCCAAUGUGAUCAGUAUUUUUUUUAAACACAGCCCAGGGGUUAUCAAAAUCAUAUUUGCAGAAGGUGGUGUUAUAGCAUACUUUGAGGUUCUUUAUCAACUAAAACUGGAGCAUAACUUAAGCGCUAGGAAAUGACUAUAUUGAGAUGGUGAGAGAAAUAUUAUUUUGCAAACCCAAGUGACUGAUCCAAUCAUUUUUGGUCCUUUAACACCCAAAAUCUGACUGUUAAUUCUCCACUUUAGCUGCUAGAUAUUUCUUUAAAUUAGUCAGGCAAGUUUGGUGUUCAGUAUUAGUAUUUUUGCUGCCUGUAUGGAUAUAAUAGGGAAAAGGUGAAUGUUAAUCACUUAUGGGUUGGGAUUAAGAGGGUUAACAGUGGAAGAUCCAGUUCAGUUAACCCUGUAACCCAUAAGAGUGACAUAUCACCCCUGAAUCAAACUUAAGGUCAUAUGCAUAAGGAAAUUAGAACCCAUUAAAGCAGUUCUUGAUUGAUGAACAAACUCUCCUUGUCAAUACCUUGGGAAAUGGAAACAGAACAGCGUGAAGAAUAUGCAUACUGAUGUUAGGGUGUAAAGGGUAAUAUUGGAUGAACUCUGAAGUCUCCUUAACUUUGGGCUCUACUUCUGGAUCGGUCACUGAAUGUCAAUUGUAGUAGCACAAUUAAAAGAGAAGACCAGCCCUAUAUUAAAACUUUAAUCAAAACUAUAACAAAAUUCUUGAAUGUGAUUGGUUAUCACCAG